AUAAUGGUCUCCCCAGCGAUCGCUUUGGCCUUUAUUCCGUUUAUAAUCACAGUGAUCAUCCGUUAUCGCCAUUAUUUCCUGCUGUUUUACCGGGCUGUGAUAGUGCGGCGGGUCCAGGACUACCUCACCGGUAUCCCGCGGGAAGAGAGGGCCUUUCAGUACGUCAUCACCCACUCCAUCCCAGGAGACCCUCAGCACGUGCUCAACACCUUUGACCAAUACUGUUACCACUGUGAAUUCCUGCGCAACAUCGGGCCCCAAAAAGGGAAGGUCCUGGACCGGCUGAUCUAUGAGAACGCUCCACUUAAUGUGCUGGAACUGGGCACAUAUUGUGGAUAUGCCACCAUAAUUAUUGCACAGGCCCUGCCACUGGGUGCCCGACUCUACACUGUCGAUUCCAAUCCAAGGAAAGCUGCAGUGGCUGAGAAGGUGAUUAGAAUGGCUGGAUUUGAUGAUGAUACGGUUGAGCUCCUCAUUGGACCCUCGGACGAGAUCAUCCCGCAGCUGAAGGACAAACACGGGGUGCAGAAGCUGGACUUCAUUUUCAUGGACCAUCGGAAGCGUUGUUACCUGCGGGACCUCCAGCUGUUGGAGGAGGUAGGGCUGAUCCAGGAAGGGACCAUUAUCCUGGCUGACAACGUCCUCUUCCCGGGAGCCCCCCAUUUCCUGCAGUAUGUGAAGACCUCCGGUAAAUACCAGUGUAAGAUGCACCGCGGCAGCCUGGAGUACUUCCGAUACAUCCGAGACGGGAUGGCGGAGCUCACUUACACCAAGCUGAAAUGAUGGCGGUCA